AACGGAGCUACUCCAUCGGGGGACGCCACAAUGACUUCCUCCACCACCACCAUCACGCAAUUUCCACUAUCAAUAAUUUAAGCGGCAUUUGCGGCGCAAGCGGAACGGGGGUGCUGGGAAACGGGGAGGAAAGGGAUGAGGACGCCUCGCGAAAGAGGUUUGGGCAAGAAGGUGGGGAGUUUUGAUUUCAAGCCCCUUCUUUGGCGUUUUAAAUGCUGUUUUUCUUUUCCAACCAACUCCACCACCCAAGCCGGAGGUUGCCAUCCAGGCGUCUCCCAUGCCAGCUCUCGGCGCUGUCUUUCGCGGCUAGGCGCCUAAAAGAGGGGGAAAGAGCGAGCGAGCGCAAAGUUCCACCAAGUGAAAAGAGUGAUGACCAUCCUUUUCCUUACUAUGGUUAUUUCAUACUUGAGUUGCAUGAAAGCUGCCCCCAUGAAGGAAGUUAGUAUCAGAGGACAAGGCAGCUUGGCUUAUCCUGGUCUCCGGACACAGGGAAAUCUGGAGACCCUCAGUGGGCCCAAUGACGCCACCAGAGGAUUAACAUCUUUGGCAGACACUUUUGAACAUGUCAUUGAGGAGCUCCUGGACGAGCAGCAGGUCAUCCAACCCAGCAAAGAAAAUAAGGAUGCCGACUUGUACUCAUCACGGGUGAUGCUAAGCAGUCAAGUGCCUUUGGAGCCUCCUCUGCUUUUCCUGCUCGAGGAGUAUAAAAACUACUUGGAUGCCGCAAACAUGUCCAUGAGGGUACGGCGCCAUUCUGACCCUGCUCGCCGUGGGGAGCUGAGUGUGUGUGACAGUACUAGUGAGUGGGUGACAGCGGCUGAAAAAAAGACUGCAGUAGACAUGUCUGGAGCAACAGUUACAGUCCUGGAAAAAGUCCCAGUGCCCAAAGGCCAACUGAAGCAAUAUUUUUAUGAGACCAAGUGCAGCACGAAGGGUUAUGCAAAAGAAGGCUGUAGGGGCAUAGACAAGAGGUACUGGAAUUCCCAGUGCCGAACUACUCAGUCUUACGUCCGCGCUCUCACCAUGGAUAACAAAAAGAGAGUUGGAUGGCGCUUUAUAAGAAUAGACACUUCCUGUGUUUGUACACUGACCAUCAAAAGGGGAAGAUAGUGGAUUCAUGUUGGAUAGAUUAUAUUGAGUCAAAAAUUAUCUAUUUGUAUAUAUACAUAACAGGGUAAAUUAUUCAGUAAGAAAGAAAAUAAUUUUAUGGACUGCAUGUAUAAAGGAAGUUUAUACAGUACCGUGGUUCCACAAUCUAUUUAUUGAACAUGUCCAUGACCUAAAAGGGAACAAAAGGAGAAAAAAAAAUCCAUUUGUGCACAACUUUGAAAACAAACAAAAUUGCAUUACAUUCCUCUAACAUUGUGAUUUGUUGCCGUUGCCAAGAAUUGAAAACUUUAAAAAAAAAAUUAAAAAAAUAAAAUUGCAUGCUGCUUCAAUUGUGAAUUGAUGAGAAACUGUCCUCUUUUCGAGAAAAAAAAAAUUUGAACCAAAACAUUCCGUUUACAUUUUAGACAGUAAGUAUCUUUAUUCCUGUUAGUAUUAUAUCUGUUAACUGCUUUUAAAUUCUGGUAGCGUUGGAAUUAAAAUAAUGUCAAGGUGCUGUUGUCAUAGUUUUCCUGUUGACCUUUUUUUAAGUUUAAAAUCCCCACAUGCUUUUAAAAGAGGAGAGACCCUUCUCCUUGCCAUUGACAUAUAUGUGUUCUGGAGAAACAAAUUUUGAAUUUUUUUGGGGGGGGGGUUGUAUGUUGUGAAGGUGUUUGCGAUAUCAAAUCAGACUACUGAAAAAAUAAAUAAAGAAGAGGCAACUAAAAAAAGUCAAUGUUGAUCUUCUGCCCAGUGCUCUUUUCUAGUCUUCACUACAAGCUAUCCUUCCAUUUUGGUUACAGACCAUGGGGAUUCCUUGAAUUUUGCUUGUAACAGCCUUUUCCAUCCUUCAGCUAAGUGGAGACUACAUCUCCCAGAAUCCCCACUUAAAGCUGCAUUCCCAGCACAUCUAGAGGUCACCAGGUUGACAAGUGCUGGCUUCUAAGACAUUGUUUCAUGUCCGGGUUGCCUAUGGGGUCUUAUCUUGGGAAGCAAAAGCAUCCUAGUUUUUCAGAUGUAAUUUUUUCCCUCUCCCAAGGUGUUGAGCACUAACAGUAUAUUUCAAUCAAACAUGGAAGAACUAGACAUACAUUGAUAUGCGUCCAUUAUUCUUGAUGCUAGAUGGUAUCAAGCUUUAAUAGGUGCCUCUAUUGAUGGGGAUGGAGAAUCAUAUCCCCAUAGGAAAGUCACUGGCCAUGCAGCCAGAGUUGUAUUGGGACAACUAAUUUAUUGUGAUUGGAACACCGGUAUUGUUAAAGGACAUUAGUAAAUCCCAACAACGAAACAUAAACUGAACAUCUGAUCACAUUUGUGCAAAAAUGGUUAAGAUGCCAUUAUUAUUGUAAUUAAGCACUAUUCAGCACUUAUAUCUCAUUGGCUUCUGUUCACAAUGGCAGGUGUAGUAAUCUCAACUGAAUAGCACCCAUGGAACUCAGUGAAACAGAUCCAUGAGAUACUAUACACAUAGUACAGCCUGAUCUUAAAAUAAAAGUAAUGUCUAGAAUAUUUUCAUUUUCAAGGAUCAGUUUUCUGUGCUAUGAAACCAUUCAGGCUGGAAGGAGUGGCUCUGGAAUCAGAAAGACAGAGCCUUCUACCUCAAAACCUAACUACCUGUUGCUUUUAAAUAUGGCUAUAUGCAUCUAUGUCUUUCUAAAGGGUAGCACAAAAUAGCCUUAACUCCUACAGGGAGCUUUGAUUUAAAAUCCCUAAACGAUGGGAUACAGACCUGGCAUCGGUUGUAUGCACUUUAAUUAUAGUUGAUUUCCGUGGGAUGCACAUGCAAGGAGCUGACCACAGAAUUAAAGCCUUAGGCCAUGGGUAAUGAUAAACAAAUCCAACACAACCCAGAACACAAAUAGUCAGUUAGUCUAAUAUAUAUAAGUAUUCUUAUUCUUGCAAGAAGUUUGAAGAAUCCCCACCCCCUAAUAGCCUGUCUCAUAUGAUCCAUGUAUUAGAAUGCACACAAUGUCAUUUAGUAUCUAGCAUUAUUUCACAGCAACAAGGCAUGCUUUCCCAGAUGAUUCGUUUUGCCACAAAUAAAUCCUUGUUAUGAGAAUCAUAUAAAUAGGCGAAGGAAGCUUGGACUGUACCACUUCAGACUGCAGGUAGAAUACCUCCCCACACCCAAACAACCUGCUUAGAAAGUCAACAAGAAAGCUAAGCAAAAUCCCUACUCUUUGACUAAGUUGUUUCCUGUGAGAAUAAGAUACAGAAGCCUAAUUCACAGUCUUUAAUACAGUUUUAGGCAUAGAUCGUGGGGGGAGGGGUUAGUCUUUGGGUGAAUGAGGCUAGUGAUACUAAGAUAACAUUUUAUUUCUUGACCAAAACCUACAUUUUUUUAAAGAUUAAAAUCUCAGAAUAUGUCUUACUUAACGCAGCAGUAAUUUAGGUAGCAGCUACUGUAAUUCCAACUAUUUUAUUUAAUCGUGGAAACUAGUAAAUCCCAUAUCAUUAACAUGCAAGUGAAGAGUUACCAAAAAGAAAAUGUGGACACCGACAAAAUCUAAGUAUAUAUAUUUUUUAAAAAUUUAAAAAACUAAAAUAGCAAAGCUUUUUACUGGCUUCUAAUAUUUGAAAAAUAGGAUUAAACUGUACAUGCACAGACAUGAGUUUAGUAUUGAAGUAAACCAUUGAUCCAAGACACUAAGCAGUAGAUACGGUUUCAUUAUUCAACAAUGUCUGCCUAAAGUCAGGCAAUCAAAUGGUUCUUAAAGCAAAAUAGACAGAACAUUAUCCUUUGUAAGGGAAAAUGGAGCUGGAGCUGGAUCACAUUUUCCAGCUUAUGACCAUCCCUUUCUUUAACCUGUUCCUUUAGACCUAUGAUAAUACCAUAUUAUUAGGAAAUGGAAAAGCAUCUCUGUUAUAACAACCCCUAUUACAUAAAAAGAAAAGAUUGUAUAAAACCAUUCCAUGUAAGAAGGUGUUUUUGUUCACACAACUGAGAGCAGAAAUAGAAAGGAAGCCUUGUAAUCUCUGAGAUAGUUCCAUAGCCUGAUUUUCUUAGUCUAUUAGCGGAAAUGUUUUUUUCUGUGUGCUAAUGUUACCUAAUCCUCUUAACUACAGCACACAGAUUCAAAUAAUCAUGUUCACAAAAAAUGUAUUUCCCUCCAGCUCUGCCAUAUGAUUAAUUAGGGAUUACUAAAGUAAGCCACCCAAAUUCCCUUAAGUGACGAGCAAUAACUGUGGUCUGCAGUCUGAAAGAGUUAAACAUAAUCAAAACCGCAUAUCAGAUACGCUCUGUUAGUGUGACCUGUGAGUGGGGAGUCUAGAACAUAUUUAUUUUAUUUAUUUAUUAAAUUUAUAUGCUACCCAUCUUGCUAUCCACAGUGAUUGGGGAUAGGCAUAAUCUUACUCUGAAUUAAAAGUGUUUCAUUUUUAACAGUGAAAAGAAAUGAAUUGACCAAGAUGCAAUUAGAAAUAGCUAGAAUUAGUCUGCAUUAAAGAAAUAUUUCUUUAAUAAGAAGAGGGUGAUUCUAUCCCUCUGUUGAUAAUAAUGAACUAUUAUCUCCCUAAUAGUUAUGAAAUAAUAAUAGGAACAGUAGCAGCAAUUUUUUCUCAGUAUAAGAUGCCUCCCAAGACAUUGGAGAAUAGACAAGGAGGCCCAUAAUGAUAUAGGUUUAUAAAUCUUUCACAUUUAACUCUAACUUCCUCGCGUUGCUGUAGGGUUCCCAUUUUAUCCAACAAGAAGGAUGCGGAUGAGGCUAGAAGACCACAGAAUGGGAACUUAAUAUGAAGGUGCAGUUCAUAUAACUACUAGUAGUAAACAUAGAUUAAUAGCUGCAUUUGGAACUGUGCAAAUAGUCACAGAUCUUUAUUAGAAUACAGAAAUCUCAAAGAAUUUGCUAUGCAACAAAUUGGCAUUUCAUGAAUUAAGUUUCCCAAACAUUGCAAUUAUUUUUAAGUUCUUUAUCCCCACCCAGACCCUUCACUAUUUUUAACACCCAUGGUUAUGCUAGACCAGACCUAUUAUUGCAAAAUACAUUACAACAGGCUUGGCAGUUUUAGUGGACCUGAGAUUUCAAAAAUGUCAGUCAGUUGACGUUUUGCUGUGUUUUGUCUGUGGCGGAAAUAUUUCAUUGUCAUUGGCCCUAUUGUUUUGUUUUGAAAAAAAAAUGGAAAUGUAAGUUAAUGUUUGUGGCCUUGUUCUCUCUUAUUCUCCAUGUAUAACAGAUAUUUAUUGUAUAUUUAUAUAAUUUUAUGGGACUUUUUUGGAAAAAAUGAAUCUGGCAUUAAAUCUUACAAGAUCUGCAUCAAAUUGUAAAUAUAAUUAAGCUAUAUUUAAAUGUACUGAUUAACAUAUAAUAUAUGUUUAAAUAUAGAUGUUUAUGUUUUUAAAUAUCAUAUAUAUAUAUAUGUAUAUAUAUAUAUAUAUACAUACACAUAUACAUACAUAUAUAUGUAGACAAAAAUACCCUUGGCUUUUUGGGACCAUGUGACUUUUCUCUAAUUGUAAACCAAACAUGAGUUUUACAAAGAAUAUGUGUGUUCUUUUUUCCCGAAACAAAAUCUACUUUUAUUUUAACAAUAAAAUCUUCUUGGUAAGGCAGCUAGGCAGCUGUUUCAUAUUUGGACAAAUUGGC